CCAGCUGUGCUGCUAACCUUGCCGGUUGCAGCUGUCAGUCACUCACCUUGCGUUUUCACCUGUUAGCUCUCACUGGAAUUUAGUUCAUUGGGACAGAGCUGAAUGACAGUGACUGUGCUGCCCGUGUGUCUCUGUUUAGUAAAAAAAAAUUCGUGCAGCUGAGGCCCUAAAAAUGAGAGAAGGAGUGUGCGUUGUGUGACUCUGCUCUUGUCUAGCCAUGGAGAAGCCCUGGAGGCUCUGGGGGGCAAUAGAGCGUUGUACACUGACUCUGGCCUCCUGGUCCUGGGGUGCCUGUCGAGUCUCCCUGUUGGCCCUCAUUCUCACCUUCCACCUGUAUGGAGGAUUUUUUCUCCUUGCUCUCAUCCUUGCCUCUGUGGCAGGCAUCCUCUACAAAUUUCAGGAUGUGCUCCUCUACUUCCCUGACCAGCCCUCUUCCUCUCGCCUUUACGUUCCCAUGCCCACAGGAAUCCCACAUGAGAACGUGUACAUCCGCACCAAGGAUGGUGUGAAGCUCAACCUCAUUCUGCUUCGCUACACUGGAGGGGACACACCCCCUGGAGUCACCCCUGGCAAUCAAAGCAGCCCCACAUCCUCUGCUCCACCCACCAUCCUUUAUUUCCAUGGUAAUGCAGGUAAUAUUGGUCACAGGGUGCCGAACGCCCUACUGAUGCUAGUCAAUCUGAAAGCCAAUGUAGUGCUGGUGGACUAUCGUGGCUAUGGAAAGAGUGAGGGUGAGCCCAGUGAGGAUGGGCUGUACCUGGAUGCAGAGGCUACACUGGACUAUGUCAUGACCCGUCCUGAUCUGGACAAGACAAAGAUAGUACUCUUUGGCCGAUCACUAGGAGGUGCUGUGGCUGUGCGUUUGGCAUCGGUCAACCCUCACCGUGUAGCAGCCAUUAUUGUUGAAAACACCUUCCUUAGCAUUCCCCACAUGGCAGCAACGCUCUUCUCCUUCUUGCCUAUGCGCUUGCUGCCCUUGUGGUGCUAUAGGAAUCAGUUCCUGUCCUAUCGGCAGGUGGCGCUGUGCCGCAUGCCCUCGCUGUUUGUAUCUGGUCUGUCAGACCAGCUCAUCCCACCAGUUAUGAUGAAACAACUGUAUGAGUUAUCUCCUGCGCGGACUAAACGCCUGGCCAUCUUUCCAGAGGGAACACACAAUGACACGUGGCAGUGUCAGGGCUACUUCGCUGCUUUGGAGCAGUUCAUGAAAGACCUGCUGAAGAGCCACGCCCACGAGGAGAGUACUCAACCCUCAGCUAGUGUCACCAUUAUCUGAAAAAAAAAAAAAAAAAACAGUCAGGGAUUGACUGUUGUCUGCAGGUUAUGGGUGCGAUAAUGUGACAGCUGUAAAGGUAAAGGAAAUUGAUUUGAGGGACUAAUUAAAUUUUGGAAAGAAUGUACAUUUUCUAUGCUUUUUUUCUGCAUUUUUAUUUUGUUUUACUCUUUCUGUAAAUUUAACAUUUGUGAAAUGAUUUGACUAUUUCAAGGUUUUAAGGGAGGGUAACAAUGUCCUCCUGGGAUCUUUUUUGUUGCAGCUAUGAAUGCAUGUAUUUAUGACCUCUUACGAAUGAAGCCAGAGCAUACAUGCCCACAAUGCAAGACAUCACAACCACAGAAGAAUUUGCUGUUAUGGGUCUGCUGAAAUGAAUUAAAUGAAUCAAUGAAACAGUUGCACAUAGUAUAAUGACCAUACAAGAACCAUGGUUAAGUGAAAAUUGAUUACUACUAUAAUUAAAAUGACACCUCUAACAUACAAAACUAUAUAUGUAUAAAUAAUGAGCAAUACUUGGAGGGGCAUAAGGAUGUUUUUUUUUUUUUUUUUUGGCUCUGGACCUUUUGGCGUACUUUUUUGAGUACUUGCAGCAGCUUAGCAUGUCUUGACAUUGUAGUGAUUAAUAUUUAUAUAUACCCUCGAAAAUUUUGUCUGGCGCAGUAGCAUUAAAAUAAUUUGUUGUUGACUGACUGAGAUGAAGCGGUCACUAAGAUAAGGUGGCACGUGAUCCUUCUGCCUUUAAAAAUAAGUUCUUGACAUCUUAUUUCCUGUCAAACUGCUUCUGUUUAAGUGCGAUUGAGAUAAGCUACAAGAUAUUCUCUCUGUUACUGUGUCAUGUUAAAACACAACUAGCACACAGGAUAGUGUUUAUUCUUGAAUGAGUUGCUAUUGAGCAACUUUUGCUCCUGUGGUUUGAUAAGCAGCAUUUGCUCCGUGUGUGGUUUGUUAUUAAAGAAUGGGUUUAGAUUUCUUUCAGUCUAUCUUAGUACAGCACUAUAAUACUUGUUUUUAUGUACACUGGAAGAAUUAAUGGUUGGAGUUGAUACUGACCAUGAAGAGAUAAUUUCCUAAGAUAAUAUGAGGUUUUGUCAGUCUAACACAAAACAAGUGAAUAUGGAGGAAAACAAGACUAACUUUCAAACAUACUUUCCACACAAGUUAUCUACUUCAGACUGAUAAAGCAGCAUAUUAACUUGGAACUGGAUUUUAGAAUGAAAUUUUACACUGAUAGAGCACUGUGGACUUUGUCCCCCUUCUCUUACACUUUUGGGAGGGAUUUCUUAACUGCCAGUACUGACAGGAAGAAUGAUUGCAGAGACCAGUUGCUCUUUCAACAUACACAGGCAUUUGAGUCUUGUAUUAAGAUAGUCUUGAAAAAACCUGAAACUUUCUUAAGAACUGAAAAUAAAAUGUGAGCUUUUUUGUUUUGAUCAAAUGUUGUAAUUAUUUGUUAGCUAUUAUCAUCUCUCCCCAUGCUUAUGUGGCAAAAUGGCUUUACUCACUUGGAGGGCUUUUAAUGAGUUAAUUAACCUUUCCCGCAUGUCUUCCAGGGGGUGGAGCAGAGCUUGAUGAUUAAAACACUGUUAUCUAAUGCAGCACACUGCACUGCAGUGGUAUCAAAGCCAUUUGAAUACACUCAACAGAUCUUAGCCAUAUUUGAUACUGUUCGUAAACAGAACGCUAAACAAAAUUUAAGAGCACGAAAAGACCAAAUUUGUUUGUGUCAGUGUGAUAACAGUGAAAUUGUCUAAAGGCUACUAUGAAUGUAAAUUGUGGUCUUAAAUUAACAAGCGUGCUUUAUAACAAAUAAUGUAUAGACAGUCUUUUCUCCCUUUUGUGUGACAUUUUUUUUCCACCAGUGGCACUGAACAGUUUCAGACAUUUUUGUAUUAUAUUGAAUCCAUAAGCUGAGUUAGAUGCAUUCAGUUUUUUAUCCCUUUACACAUUUGGAGUGCACAUUGUGCAAUCUGAAUUCAACCAUGUUAAUAUACACUCAUUUUGUUUCACAUGCUUUGCUUUACACACUUCUGCUGUUAGUUUGCAUCAUAACAUUUCUUCACUCAAGAAUAGAUGUGGGAACUUGUUGUCAUUUAUUGUUUUGGUGGCUAGCCUAAAGCAAAUUUAAUAAUUAAUAGAAUAUUGGAGUUUUUAUCCUAGCCAAAUGUAUCGUCCAACACCCUGUUGAUGAAAAGAGAUGGACUCAAACUGAAUGUCUUUUUGUUUUUUAUAAAUAAAAAUCAUUUGCCAGGUCCCGUGUGAAUGCACUGUGGAACAUAUUUUUGUAUGGUCAUACAGUUGUGAAUAGAGUGGAAUGAAUGCAAUUCAAAGUGUUGGUAUCAUUUGGAAUUUACUAGUUACAUUUGCAAGCUGGCAUGUGAUUAUGUUGAGUCUCGACAAAUUUCUGUAAUGAACCUGCAUAGUGUUGACAUACUUUGUGUAUAUCUACCAUAACUUACAGAAGUGGUUCUCAAACUGGUGGACUGGUGGGCCAGGACCCCCUGGGUUGAGUGAAACUAAAUUGAAUGAACAUGAUUUAUGUAGGAAAAGUCAACAGGAGUUUGCUGAUGCUGCCAUGCUGACCUUUAUUUCACUAAAAUUCAACCUGGAUCCUUUUUAGUUAGUUGCUUCAGCUCUCAUUGUUUAUGAUUGAUUAAAAAAAAAAAAAUGUGCAUUGGGGAAAGCAUAAGUAAAUGGGGCAUGCCGGAGAAAGUUUGAGAACCACUGACUUACAGUAACUCCACACUGAAGAAACAUUGAUGGGACAUCUGAACAGUUAGACAUCUGAAUGAUUCAUCUUUAUCUUCAGUAUGAAGCAGUCAGUUUGAGUGACUUUCAGUUUCAAAGUUGUUUUUCUUUUCUAUUUCGAAAACAAUGUUGACAACUUCUUUUGUAAGCACACAUUUUCACUUUCUAUUUUCUGUACUGUAACAUGCAAUAAAUUGAUACAUUAAAAUGG